CAGAAUUCGGAUCAAUCAUAAGUGCGGUGAAUUCAUCAGACCAAGGAGUAAAGCAAAUAAAAAGGACAAUGUCAGGAACUUCAACGGUUGGAGAUUCAAGCUCCUGGGCCACUGCUCUCGUCAAGAUUUCACCUUACACUUUCUCGGCAGUCGGUAUCGCCAUCGCGAUCGGCGUCUCCGUCCUCGGCGCCGCCUGGGGAAUUUACAUAACUGGGAGUAGUUUAAUCGGUGCCGCCGUUAAAGCUCCUCGAAUCACUUCCAAGAAUCUCAUUAGUGUAAUCUUCUGUGAAGCUGUGGCUAUAUAUGGUGUUAUUGUGGCAAUUAUUUUACAAACAAAGUUGGAGAGUGUUCCAGCAUCACAGAUACAUGCCCCAGAGUCUCUUAGAGCAGGAUAUGCAAUCUUUGCUUCUGGAAUCAUUGUUGGCUUCGCAAAUCUUGUUUGCGGAUUGUGCGUUGGAAUAAUCGGAAGCAGCUGUGCACUGUCUGAUGCGCAAAACUCCUCACUUUUUGUGAAGAUUCUUGUGAUUGAGAUUUUUGGCAGUGCACUUGGACUGUUCGGAGUGAUUGUAGGUAUAAUUAUGUCAGCUCAAGCAACUUGGCCAGCAAAAUCAGUGUAAUUUCAUGCACUAAGUAGAAAAUAUCAAUUCGGUUAUGUGAGAAUGCUACCUGUUUGAUGUACCAGAAAUGAACUCUACAUUUUCCUUUUAAUUCGUUAUUUGUAGGUAUGUAUGUAGAAACUUGCUUGGCAAUGUUUCCUCUUUUUGUUGUUAUAAUGAAUGAGAAAUAAAAUUUUUUAUGAAAA